AUGUCGUACGAGACGAUUUCCGUGCGGAUGAAUCGGAGCGAUCCGAGCAUCAGAUGGGGAUUCACCCUGAGACAACAAGGAGCCAAACUUGUGGUCGCUACGGUGGAACACGACUCCCUAUCGGACAAAGCCGGAAUGAAGCCAAACGAUGAAGUUGAUGCAGUGUGUGGACGAGAUGCGAAGCAUAUGAGCGUCAACGAGGCUAACAGUAUUAUUGACAGGUCACACCAGGAGGUGCACUUUAACCUGAGACGUUAUGUCACAUCACACACAUGCCUACCCUGGACGCUGACUGAGCAGGACAACAAGCUGAUCGUUGACGAAGUACGAUCUGGAUAUGGCUCUGGAUUUGGAACGGUUUGUGGAGCUGUUUGA